AUGACCAGUUUAUCGUCCAAGAUGUCACCGUCUUCUCCCGCUCUUAUGAUGGAGGAUGACCCAGAUGCUGUUACCCAUGUUAUCGUCCAUCCAAUGGUUUUGUUGCACGUUCUGGAUCAUCACACUCGAAGACAAGAAGCUUCGGGCCGUGUAAUUGGAACUUUGCUUGGUCGAAGAGACGGCAAAACGGUGGAAAUCACAAAUUGUUUCGCCGUUCCACACGCGGAACGAGGGGAAGAAGUCGCGAUUGGAAAGGAUUUUAACAAGCAAAUGCUCGCAUUACACAUGAGAGCAUACCGAAAGGAGGCAGUCGUCGGAUGGUACGCAUCUUCUGCACUAGAAGAUGGCCAAGGAGAUUUGAUAGCCGACACUUCGUCAUUGAUUCACGAGUUUUAUGCUGGAGAGGCCGAUGAGGGUGAUCCAAUCCACCUUGUGGUUGACACCAGACUGAAGGAAGACGCUAUUUCCGUUCGAGCAUUCAAAAGCACGCCAGUUGUUGUACAAGGCGAGCCACUUGCCAAUCUAUUCCAUGAAAUCAGCUUGACUAUGGAAAGCACCGAGCCAGAAGCCAUUUGCCUGAAUAAAAUGGUGAAGGAUGAAAACCCAGCACCCAAAGAAGGAGAACAAGUAGAACCUCUUUUGCUUUCUAUGGAAAAGCUGUAUAAACUCUUGGAAACUGCUACCGAAUACGUUGAUUCCGUUGUUGAAGGAAAGAUCACACCAGAUGCAGAAGUUGGCAGGCAGAUUGCCGACACUUUGGCUACUGUUCCUCGCAUCAGACCCGAAGUCUUUGACAAGCUUUUCAACGAUUCUCUCCAAGAUUUGCUCAUGGUCACAUACUUGUCCAAUAUUACACGAACGCAACUCACGAUUGCCGAAAAGCUCAAUGCAAGCUUGGGUGUAUAG